AUGGCCAUCUCCGAAACGUCCCCCUACGGUGGGCCCAGCGCCAGCAACCUGUUCUGCGCGCAGGCUUGGAAUGCAAAUACAGUUUACCGUGAACUUCCCAUCCCGAGUACCACAAGCAGCUCAGCUAGCAUCGUCACGACUGCCGCCCUCACCUCCUCUCCCACAGCAAAAUCGAUAUCGGAGACAUUUGCUACGCCCUCGAUCGCGGCCUCAACACCGAGCGAGGUGGCGCUGGCCGUUCCGAACGCUCCCUCCAAAGCAUGGAUUGCUGGCCUCGUCAUCGGGACGGUAGCGGGUGUGGCGAUCAUUGUUGCUGGCGUAGUCAUCUUCGUGUCCCGCCGGCAGUAA